AUGCUGCAGCCAAGGUCGGCCCGACUCGUUUGGCUUGGGAUCGGAUUUUUCCUCGCUACUACUCUAGCCAUCCCGAUACCGAACGGACAAAUCGGAAAAGCCGAGGUGGAAUGUGGUGAAGAUUUUAUCGAGGUCGUCUUCUUGACCGACGACGAUUUCCAGGGCCGAAUUUUUGUCGUCGGGCAUUCAAAUGAGACGGACUGUGUGUCGAGAGAAAAGAGCGACCCGGCCGGCCUGUUUGUCACCACGAAAAUCAUGCUCUCCUUCCACGAUGAAUUUAUUACAAAAGUCGAUCGGGGCUACGAGAUCAGCUGCUUCUACAUGGAAGCCGACAAGACGGUCACCUAUCCGAUUACCGUAUCCGGCGCGAGUCUAUCGCCGUUCACCGAGAUCGCCGAGAUGCCGCGGUGUCGAUAUGAGGUCGUCGAUCCAAAAACGAAGGAAGCGCUCGAUGUGGUUACGGUGGGAAGUAAACUGCUCCAUUCUUGGACUUGCGAAUCGACAGCUCCCGAUCUCUGGUGUAUGCAGGUGCAUACAUGCUUUGUCGAAGACGGCUCCGGAACGCAAUUCCAGAUUCUUGACGAAACUGGAUGCUCCAUCGAUCGGUAUUUGCUGGACAAUCUCGAGUACGGCCCCGGAAAGCUGCACGCCCAGAAGGAAGCGCACGCAUUCAAAUUUGCCGACAAGGUCGUCGUGAAUUUCCAGUGCUCGGUGAGGUUGUCGAUUAACGAUGGAGAAUGCCCGAUCCCCGAAUGUUCCGACCUGGCGAAGGAGGGCAAGAAAAAGAGGAGCUUCAAAAAAAUCAAGCGACACACAAUUUUGCAAGACGAUGGGGCGAGGGAGAUCGAUCGCGAAGUCAUCUCGAUCCACGUCGGCCAAGCUGGCGUGCAAAUCGGCAAUGCCUGCUGGGAAUUGUAUUGCCUGGAGCAUGGUAUUCAGCCGGAUGGAACGAUGAUCGAUGACGUGGAUGGGCAGGAUGAGGUCGAGUCAUUUGGAACGUUUUUCGCCGAAACUGCCGGCGGGAAGCACGUGCCCCGCGCCCUAUUCGUCGACCUCGAGCCUACGGUAGUCGAUGAAGUCCGCACCGGAACCUAUCGUACCCUAUUCCAUCCCGAACAGUUGUUGAGCGGAAAAGAGGACGCGGCAAAUUGUUACGCGAGAGGACGAUAUACGAUCGGGAGGGAGAUGAUAGAUGUGGUGAUGGACCGGCUUAAGCGAUUGGCCGAAAAUUGCAGUGGACUUCAGGGAUUCCUCGUUUUUCACAGUUUUGGCGGAGGCACCGGCUCGGGAUUUCUCUCUCUGCUUAUGGAAAGGCUUUCGAUGGAAUAUGGCAAGAAGCCAAAAUUGGAAUUUGCCAUAUACCCUGCACCUCAGGUAUCCACAUCAAUGGUCGAGCCCUACAACUCGAUCCUAAUGACGCACACUACGCUGGAGUACUCUGACUGCACAUUUAUGGUGGACAACGAGGCCAUUUACGAUAUUUGCAGAAGGAAUUUGGAUUUGGCUAGGCCGACCUACACGAAUUUGAAUCGUCUAAUCGCUCAAAUCGUCUCGUCCAUCACCGCAUCACUUCGCUUUGACGGCGCCCUGAACGUUGACCUCACCGAGUUUCAGACGAAUUUGGUCCCCUACCCGCGCAUCCAUUUUCCGCUGGUGACCUAUGCGCCGUUGGUGUCAGCGGAGAGGGCUUUUCAUGAACAGAAUACAGUAGCUGAUAUGACAAACGCGUGCUUCGAGCCGGGACAUCAGAUGGUGAAGUGCGAUCCGAGGAGGGGGAAAUAUAUGGCCGUUUGUCUACUGUAUCGCGGCGACAUCGUUCCAAAGGACAUCAAUUCGGCGAUCUCGGCCGUCAAGACGAAGCGAACCGUUCAGUUUGUCGAGUGGUGCCCUACCGGCUUCAAGGUUGGGAUCAACUAUCAGCCUCCAACCGUGGUCCCUGGCGGGGAUCUGGGAAAGCAGACGCGAUCGGUAUGCAUGAUCUCAAACACGACAGCCAUCGCUGAGGCCUGGGCACGGCUGGAUCACAAAUUCGAUUUGAUGUACGCGAAGCGGGCCUUUGUGCAUUGGUAUGUUGGUGAAGGAAUGGAAGAAGGUGAAUUUUCGGAAGCACGCGAAGACAUGGCCGCCCUUGAGAAGGACUAUGAGGAGAUUGGGGAGGAUGAGUAUAGGGAAGAAGACGACAGCUACUACACCAAUUCCCGCGCCCACACGCGCGGCGAA